GUGAUUCUUGCAACUAUCGGCAUGCAAAUAAGCGCUGUUCAGUGGUUGAACGCGAAUCGUACAUUCGUUGACAGCCGUGUGCUUUUUGUGCUUAGCACGUUGUGCUUGUUAGCCUUGUCACAAUGGCUCCGACGUUAUCCCUGUCUAGACAAACAUGCUGUGUAGACGGGUGCAGUAAUAGUUAUGCAAACAUGGCGAGUUCUGGCGAAACGAUACAUUUUUACCGUUUCCCGACGCGGGCUUUCAACGUCGAACGACGCAGUAUUUGGAUAUCUGCCAUCCGUAGGACCAGAGGUGAUGACUGGGAGCCAAAGCACAACACACGCAUUUGCAGUCGCCAUUUCGUUGGCAACCGAAAGUCAGACAACCCUAAGAACCCGAGCUACAAUCCAUCAAUCUUUCCCCAGGAGCAAAGGACACCCCACAUCGAUCCAGCAGUUGUGUCACAACCACAAUUGCAGAAAAAGAGGACGUGUGCACCUGGAUCCCAAGGACGUCGUAGGCAGUUGAAGAAAAAGAAGACAUGUGCCUUUGAGCUGCAGUCUGCCAGCACAAAUGAGAGUGAAGAAUACAACCAGCCAAAUGCAAGUCCAGGGUGUCCUGCAAUUGAAAUUGAUGGCAAAAAUUGUGCAGUAGAAACUUGUGAGGUGGGAACAAUGACAUCACGUGAAGUUCGGGAGGUUGGCACCAUGAUGCCAUUCAAAGAAUGUGAUGAACGUCAUAAAGUGAAAAGACAGCAUGUUGGCACAGUGACAUAUUUGCAGCCUGGAGAGCUCCCUCGCCGGCCUUUUGCUUUCUUCUGUGUCUCAGAUGGCAGAAAUGUAUCAACACAAACUUGGUCCAAAUAUGUUUCAAUGCAGUCUACUCAGACUGAUGCUGCUGUUCUUGCAACAGUAGCACCACCACAUGGGCGCCCACUGGUGGUGAUUAAUAGCUCAUCUGCAAAACCAGACCACAAGUCGGUUUGCCUUACUGGAGUACGUGUAGCAGUACCACAAGGUUGCCCAAUCAUGACAGUCAGUAAUCUAGCGGUAGGGUCAGAUAAGUCGGUAUGCUCUGCUGAAACACAGUUACAAGCAUCAGAAUCAUCAACGCAUGGUCGUCCAUCAGGUAGCGGUUCGUAAUGCAGCAGUGGGACCUGACUGCAGGACAGUGUGCUUCUUAGGAACCCAGUCGGCGCACAAAGAUGACGAAUCUAUGCAGAGCCUCUGUGCAGUGACUGGAACCAUGUUCGCACUAGUGAUGAGCAUCAUUCCCGA